AUGGACUGCCCAAGUGUUAAUACUCCAUUCCUGACUGAACGAAAAACUGGGCCUGAGAUUGGAGCACUGGGUAAGAGGAUUUGUGUGCGACAAUUUUCCGAGCGCAUCACAGCAUGGCCAGAGGAAGAUUGGUCAGGCAUUUCUGAUUCUAAGCAGCGCAGGAGGUUGCAGAACCGGCUAAAUCAGAGAGCCCGACGCCUGCGGAACAAACUUGACUCUCAAGCCCCACCUGACAACAAGGCGAGUAAGAGUGGUAACCGUUCGUCGGCCGACAGGGGAGAACAUGGUCUGAAGGGGGUGACGACCCCAGAGUAUCGUAAACAAGUCUCGAAUAGACAUUGCAUUAGUGACAGUGUGCCAACAAUCUCUCUGGCAGCAAUCGAGCACGUACAUAUUCUUGAGGCAGACUCACCUCAUACUCAGUGGAUAUUGCAACAGCUAGAAAUCAUAGCGCGCACUCAGUACAUGCUCGGCUCCCCGCGUACCGACAUGCUGCUCCACCUAAUCCAGUUUAAUUUCACAAAAGCUCUGAUAGAGAAUACUAGGGUUUUCGGGCUGACCUCGGAGCAAUUACACGACGAUGCCAUUUCGCCGUUUAAUAUCGCUGGUCCGUGGCCGUAUAAUUUCGAAGCGUCGCUUCCUUCUAGUCUCCAACCCACCAUCAUUCAGCGCACGAUACUGCAUCAUCCGUGGCUAGAUCUGCUCCCAGUCCCGGAAAUGAGAGAUAAUCUGAUUCUCGCGGAAGAUUCAUAUGACGAAACUCGGCUCUGCCUUGACAUGAAAGGGGAUGGAAGUGUUAACACGGGCCAAACAGGCAUUAUUGUUUGGAGAGACCCAUGGGACUUCGGGAUGGGAAGUCACCGAACCAUUUGCUCGUUCUUGGGGAUGGGUGAUUCGAGGUUGUCGGGAUCUCCGUCGCUCUACAAACUCUUGGAGAGCACGACGAAAUGA